CAUUGGACGCAGCAGUUCUGAUGUCCUUUAUUUAUUGUAGUCUAGCUGGUUGUCUUUAGUCUGUUUCUCACCGUUUCAUGUGGACAUUUGUUUAGCAGUAUAUCAUAAAUCGUUUUAAAUAUAAAGAGGAGAUUCAACGAUUCUCUUACGGGCUUCUUAUUUUGUAAUUCGAAGGAUGGGAAUCGCCAUUGUAGCAAACGUUAGCAAGCUAACGUUAACUAGCUGCCACUAAAUAGUAUAUCCUAUUCCAUUAAUUUUCAGUUUCGUUUAUUUACAGAGCGGUUAGCUUGCAGUAAAUCACUAUCAAAAAAUGGGCUCUAUACUUAGUCGGAGAAUUGCUGGGGUUGAAGACAUUGAUAUACAAGCCAAUUCGGCAUACAGAUAUCCUCCGAAGUCAGGAAAUUAUUUCACCAGUCAUUUUUUCAUGGGAGGGGAGAAAUUUGACACCCCACAUCCAGAGGGAUAUCUUUUUGGAGAAAAUAUGGAUUUAAAUUUCCUAGGGAACAGGCCUGUUCAGUUUCCAUAUGUAACUCCUGCUCCUCAUGAGCCGAUAAAGACUCUGAGGAGUCUGGUAAACAUCAGGAAGGACUCGCUACGUCUAGUCAGAUACAAAGAUGAUGCUGAUGUGAGUACAGAGGAAGGAGUCAAUCCUAAGGUCCUUUACAGUGUGGAGUUCUGUUUUGAUGCAGAUGCCCGAGUAGCCAUCACUGUAUACUGUCAGGCCUUUGAAGAGUUUACCAACGGAAUGGCAUUGUACACACCCAAGAGUCCAUCAAUGGUCUCUGAAACAGUCCAUUACAAAAGAGGGAUAAACCAGCAGUUUUCCUUGCCAUCUUUCAAAAUUGAUUUUACCAAGUGGAAGCCGGAGGAGCUGAACUUUGACUUGGACCGAGGUGUGUUUCCCAUGGUGAUCCAGGCGGUGGUGGAUGAUGGAGAUGAUGUCACAGGACAUGCACAUGUGCUCUUGGCAGCAUUUGAAAGGCAUGUGGAUGGCAGUUUUUCUGUGAAGCCGUUAAAGCAGAAGCAAAUUGUGGACCGUGUAAGCUACCUUCUCCAGGAGAUUUAUGGCAUUGAGAAUAAGAAUAACCAGGAGACCAAGACCUCCGAUGAUGAAAACAGUGACAACAGCAGUGAGUGUGUGGUGUGUCUGUCAGAUCUGCGUGACACACUCAUUCUGCCGUGCAGGCACUUGUGUCUCUGCAACGCCUGUGCUGACACUCUGCGUUACCAAGCCAACAACUGCCCCAUUUGCAGGCUGCCCUUCCGAGCCCUGCUGCAGAUCCGCGCGGUGAGGAAGAAGCAGGCGGGCACUCUCUCCCCCGUGUCCUUCAGCCCGGUGCUCUCCCAGAACUCGGACCACACCGAGCACUCCAACUCUGAAAACAUUCCGCCCGGAUUUGAGCCCAUUUCGUUGCUUGAGGCACUGAAUGGCGUGCAUCCCUUGCCCUCCUCUAUCCCAUCAGCCCCCCUGUAUGAGGAAAUACAGUUUUCUGGAGACGUGGGUGAUCCUUUGACUCUGAGUGGACGACAGAAGGGUGCAGUGGAGCACUCUGGAGAUGCAGUUUCUCUCAAGGGGAAAGGCAGCAAGUCACCGGAUGGGUCUCUGAGGUCUCCGUCAUCUCCCAUCCAGGAGGAGGACGACGAGGAGAAACUAUCGGAGAUCUCCGACGUUCAGCCUCAGUCUCUGUUUCCAUGCAGCCCUGCUCCCACUGAGGUCACGGUGGAGGGCGAGAUCUCAGAGCCUGGCACUCCUAACACAGCCUCUGAGUGCAGGACUCUGGCGCUGUCUGUCAGUGAGAUACUGCAGGACUGCCACAGUGAGCACAGCAGUCUGAGCAGGUCGGAGAGUGAGCCCUCCGCAGAGCUGGCCCUGCCUGGGUCAUCUGACUCCAUCGAGAGCUUGAAGAGCCAGAGUACCAGCAGCUCCAGCCAGCCCCUGCUCUGCCUCCCCAGCUCCGUGCACAUGGAGGACGAGCGGCUGACACUGUAGCAACGGACCCUCAAAUCCACCCCCGGCAUCCACUCGAUCGUCAACCCCUCCCAAGACACUCACGUUAGACCCCCACCCUCCACCCCCUUCCGGGCCUUCAGGAGUAAGGCUCCUCACUAUCUCGGAGGAGCUGGGUCAAAGUGCAUCAAUGUAUUUGAUUGUGAAGGAGGCCAUGGCCCUUGUAUUUUUAAUAUGAUUCGGGAACAAGAAUUUUUUUAGUUGAUAAAAAAAGGAAGUUCACCCCUUUUUUGACAUAUGGGCUCUUUAUUACCCUUACCUCAGACUGUUUUUUUUUUUUUUUUUUCAAUCAAACACUUGGAUUUUUAAAUAUUUGUAUUUUUCACCAAAAAACACUAAUUGUCUUUAACAACCUAAAAUAGACUCAAAACUACAGUGACUUCUAUUGUGCCAUUAUCUGAAUCAAACUGUGGAUUUCUAAAUAAGUAUUUUUUUGUUUGUUUGUUUGGUUGGUUGGUUGGUUUUGGGGUUUUUUUCGUUUUUUUUUUUUUUUCCAAAUGAGGGAGACAGGUCCUGUUUUUGCCCAUGUAGGGUCUUCUUAGUGAUGUGCAAUCUCAUCGUUAUAGUUUUUAGUCAUUCUCACAGAGACAAAGAAGACCAACUAGCUUAAGUUGGGCAUUGAUAUACUUGAAGUGUAUGAGUGAAUAAACAAAUAAACAAACAAACAAAUAAAUAUUUAUGAAAGAGAAGAAAAGACAGUUGUUAGAAUGGGCUCAUAUUUCUGUAGGGGUGACCUUCCACUUUUAGUUGCACGGCGUAAACUCUAUGAUACUUAAAUGGUCUGUUUCAUUUCUUACUUUAUCUGUAAUUCAAUUCUUGUUAUCAAGCAGCUUUUCAUUUGUUUUGUGACCGAUGAGAUUUUUGUUUUGUUGGUUUGUAACGCUGUGUGCCAGAUGUCAGUCUGCAGUAUAGACACGCUAUAGAAACGGUGGAAUUAACCCUUUAAAGCACUCAUUUAAAUAUUAUGCUUAUUGAUAUACUUUAUGUGUGCCUUAUAUAGCGUGGCUUUCCUCUCUUUUGUCCCUUAAAUGUUUAUAAUGGGGAAGUUUGAUCACUUCUUACAGCUUUAACAUGUAGUUGAGGGGGGACUUGCCUAUAUUGUGGAGUGACAUAUUUUAUACUUUAUAGUGACCCAGCUGCUGCUCUCUCUGUCCUAACCAACUCCAAUAUAGUAUAUUUGUAUGUACUGUAGUACAGUCGUUUUACCUUAAAGCAAAAUUGCUCGUAAUCAUAGACAUUGUCAUCUUUAAACGAUCAUUUG